UUGAUUGGAUAAGUCAUGUUAAACCGGACUGGACCGGUUGGUGUGUGUGAAAAUGGCAGAAACUUUUAUACUCAACCUUGAGCUACACUCAGAAACGCGAACACAUCGAAGAAGGAAGCAGAAAUGUACAAAACUCAUCUCUUAUCCCUCUCCUCAUGCACACUUAAUCUAAACCUUCCUCUCUCUCCCUUCCUCGUCUCUCAGAGACAACCAUUGUCUCUCCACAAGCGCAAUCUUCCCUCUCUGUUCUCUGUUUCCGCUACUUCCGACAACAUGUCUGGUGAAAACGACGGCGGGAUGUCUGCUGACAAGAAAGGGUCUGGAACGACGGCGAGAGGAAGGAGAUUACUCAAAGUUAGAGAAGAGAAGAGGAAACGCGACUACGACCGUCUCCACGAUUACCCAUCUUGGGCAAAGGUACUGGAGAGUGCUUGUAAAGAUGAUGAAGAGCUUCGAGCUGUUCUUGGUGAUAGUAUAGGCAACCCCGAGCUCAUGAGAAAGAAGGUUGAAGAAAGGGUAAGGAAGAAGGGAAAAGACUUUCAGAAGCAGAAGAGUGGCUCUGUGCUUUCUUUCAAAGUCAGCUUCAGAGAUUUCAAUCCUGUUGACUCCUUCAUAUGGUUUGAGCUCUAUGGAUCGCCUUCAGAUCGAGAUGUUGAUCUUAUUGGAAGUGUUAUACAGGCGUGGUAUGUUAUGGGACGAUUGGGCGCUUUCAAUACAUCUAAUUUGCAGCUAGCAAACUCAUCAAUGGAAUAUGAUCCUCUCUACGACGCAGAGAAGGGCUUCAAAGUGAUGCCUUCAUCCUUCCAUGACAUCAGCGACGUUGAAUUUCAGGACAACUGGGGUCGUGUGUGGGUUGAUCUUGGUACCUCUGAUAUUUUCGCCCUUGAUGUGCUUCUCAACUCUUUGACAGUUGUGAGUUCAGAGUACUUGGGUAUUCAACAAGUAGUAUUUGGUGGGAAACGAAUGGGAGACUGGGAAGAGGGAAUGACAAAUCCGGAUUUUGGUUACAAGUACUUCAAGAUCUGAUGAAUCUUCUGAAAACAGUUUUGUUAUAUAUAGUCUCUUCUUUUGUGCUCUUGAGAACAUAACUAAACAAUGUUAAUGAAAGGAUUAAGCUAGAUCAAUACAACAGCCUAAAUGAAAAGAAUGGAAUCGGG